UUGUGCACGUGAUAAGCGGCUGAUUUUCGCACGGCGGAUACGACACCGGCACACACUCACACUGAAAGAGAACAAUGGUCGACCCACGCGUGGCACUAUUAUGUGACGUGUGACGUGAAGAAUAUUUAAAAAAAUUAAGAAGGGAAGGUGACCAGGUGACUUUUUUGGGGUUGAGGGGAGGCUGCGGCACCAUGUUUUCUUCACUUCAUCUUCACCUUUUGCUCACCUGUUGUCACCUGCUGACGUCUUUGCUGCUCUGCUACCUGCCCCACGGACACGCCGCGCACAAGCCCACCUCCAGGUGGCUGAUUGGCGAUCGGGACAGCCACUGUGGCAUCGUCUGCACGCGACCACAGGCCAAGCCGGUGUGCGGCUCCGAUGGGCGGAGCUAUGAGAACGGAUGUGAACUGCAGAGGGCGCGUUGCAAAGACAAGACACUGACGCUGGCGCACCGCGGCCGCUGUCGAGGAAGAAGCUGGGUGAAGGUGGAUCAACCACAGGUGGCACUAGCACCGACAUCCCCGUCUGUGAGCAGAGACUUGGUGCAAACAGAUGUGGGUCAGUCCAAGUGUCGUGUUGAGAGGAACCAGGCUUUGGAACAAGCGAGGAGGCCUCAAGAGUCCAUGUUUAUCCCAGAGUGCAAUGAGGAUGGGUCCUUUGCACAGGUGCAGUGUCACACUCUGACAGGCUACUGCUGGUGUGUCACCAUCGACGGCAAGCCGGUGAGCGGCUCGUCGGUGCACAACAGGACUCCGGUGUGUUCAGGGUCAGUGACUGAUAAACCACCCGGGCAGCCAAGCUCUGGUAGAAAAGUCUCUUUCCGUUUCUUUCUCACUCUCAAUCCAGACGACGGCUCCAAGCCCACGCCCACCCUGGAGACCCACGUCCCCCUGGUAGGGGAUGAGAUAACUGCUCCCACGCUAUGGAUCAAACAGUUGGUUUAUAAGGAGAACAAGCAGAACAGCUCCACCUCCAGGAAGCAAGAGAAAGUUCCCUCUUGCGACCAAGAGAGGCAGAGCGCCCUGGACGAGGCCCGGCAGAACCCCCGAGAGGCCGUUUUCAUCCCCGACUGCGGGCCCGGAGGCCUUUACAAAGCCGUCCAGUGCCACCAGUCCACAGGUUACUGCUGGUGCGUGCUCGUGGACACGGGAAGACCCAUUCCGGGAACCUCCACCAGGUACCAGACGCCAGAAUGUGACAGAGCGGCGCGGUCUCGCAUCUCAGACACAGAAGAUCUUUUCCAAGGCAGAGACCUGACAGGUUGCCCUGAGGGAAAGAAAGCAGAAUUCAUUACGAGCCUGUUAGAUGCGCUCACCACAGACAUGGUUCACGCCAUAAAUUCGCCAGCCCCCUCUGGUGGGGGGAGGUUUGUGGAACCAGACCCCAGUCACACGUUAGAGGAGCGAGUGGUCCACUGGUACUUCGCCCAGCUGGACAUCAACAGCAGCCACGACAUCAACAAAAAGGAGCUCAAGCCCUUCAAGAGAUACCUGAAGAAGAAAGCCAAGCCGAAGAAAUGUGCCCGCAAGUUCACCGAAUACUGCGACCUGAAUAAGGACAAGGCCAUUUCCCUGCUGGAGCUGAAGGGCUGCCUGGGCGUCAGCAAGGACGGUGGUUCAACAACAAGCAGCAACCACGGGACAAGUCGGUCGUCCGGUGUGAGAAGAGAAGGUUCCAGAAGCCGUGAGGAGAGCAGAGGGCACAGAAGGAAGGCAUCGGCACGCUCGCUUGACAGCGAAAAGAAGAAAGACGGCGCAGAAAGAAAAUAACUUCCUGAGUUGUUUCAUGGGGACAACAACAAAGAAGAAGAAAAGCAGCGCCAAAAUAUUUGCACUUUCUCCUCCCUGUGUUUGACAUUUUAUCUGUUUUUGGGUUUAUUUCCAGCCUGAAGUGAUUGAAAAGGUUUGGGUAAGAAUAUACUUGUAAAGAGUUGCCGGGCUCGCCAGAGGAAGCACAAGGAUGUCUUUGUGUCGCAUAGCAAGUGAAGCAUGUGCACACAAUGCGUCAUAGCAACAGCGAUGCUUCCAGGCAGCCCCAAAAUACGCAUGCAUACCGUCGGAGGUGUAGCCGUGGCGAUGAAACGAAUGUCUGUACAUAUGAACAUGCAAAAUUAAUCAACCGCCAUGUAUUAGAAGGAAACUGUGACUCCCGACUUUGAAUUCAGCAGCACAGGACGAGCUGUACGAAUCCCCUCACGCGCUUCGAGAAGCUUCCAGGAGCAUUGACGAGAUGCGCGAUGCCGGCGUGUAGUUUGCUUUCCCGCGUUUUGUGUUCAGUAAAUACGAAUAGAAUGUGAAGAGCUGCAGUGUAAAGGCAGUCUGUAGAGAACAUAAUGAAUGCAUUGCUAACAGCUAUGCCAAGAGCGACUUAGUAGUUACAAGGAACCUAACUAGUCCCAAGUACCGUGCUGAACAUGAGUAUUUUCCUCGAGAAAAACAUGAGUCAUCUCUGUUGGAGGUCUCGUGUCAGAGCUUUUCUUCCUGAUGUAAACUGUGACUGUCAAGUUAAUUGGACUCACGCCAGCCUGCGCUCCAACUCCAGUAGACUUUCUUGAGCUGUACUUCACACUUCAGCUAUUUACAGGAGCUUGUCAGGUUAGGCUGGUAACCUUUGAAUCAAAGAGGAAUAGCAUGAAAUUACCACUCAAGACUCAACACAGUUGUAACUUAGGAACAGCCAUAGUUGGUACACACCAGUGGUCUCUCCGGUCUUGUCUACCAAAUUUACCAAUUAUUUACUUUGUACAAACACCUAGCAUCAUAUACAUUCUACAUUACAAUGAUUAUGUAUGUUUUAAGGCUGUAAAACCUCUCACUAUACACUUUAUACAUUUUUCUCAGACAUGCUAUAACAUUUUCUCACAUUUCUCUCUUGUUUAAACACUCUAAAAAAAAAAAGCGCAAACCUUUGUUUGAAUUUUAAUGAUCACCCUACAGGUCGGACACAAGAAAUGAAUAAGCCACUCACGUGUAUUUCACUCCUGUGACCUGUGCCUUUUCGUCGUGGCGCAGUUCCGUUCUACUGUUGCCUUUUUUGUAUCUUUGUUGAAACAUAUUGCUGCUCCUCCGGUUUCAGUUCUCCUCCUUCCAACUGAAGAUUCGUUUACAAGCUAGCAAGCAAGCAAGCUAGCAAUGACACAGGAGACAUGGCAGGACGGCGCGAAGGAGAUUGAUUGACAAUGACCUACAGCCAAUGAGGAAGCAGAAAACAAUCGGCGGUGCAGACAGACGAGAGAGGGAAGCGAGAGGCACUCUACUUCCCACAAUGCAAUUCUUCUUAAAGGGCCAGGCUUGGGCUGUAAUAGCGUUCAUACGCAGUAAUUGAGAAAAAAAAAAAAGAAGCACUAAAAAAAAUUCAGCGAAACAGCCAAUCCGCGAGGGAACACGGUAAUGCAUGUCAUAGUUAUGUCACAUAGGUAUCAAACAAGGCAAUUUGCCGUUAUAAUUUGCAUCAGGGAUUUGAAAGACAUGCACUUUUAGCAUCGUACUCGUCAUAAGAAUGGUCCUACUCUGUGAUGAAUACACAUACAGUCACGUACGGUCAUGUGAUCGUUUCUCCAUUAAGCCAAAUUUGACAGAACGGUGACCUGCAGACACUAAGCUAAGAAAUAUCAUAUAUCCUUUAUAUAUAAUAUUAUAUAAUCCGUUGGAAUAAUUUGUUAUUGCAAACUACCAGUUGUUAUUCCACUGGUAUUGAAAAGAUGAUUUGGAAAAAAAGUAAUUUUCGGCUUUUUCUGUCUCGGAUUUUCUCUCUUUUUUUUUUUUUAACGGGUCUUGAAAAUAGGGGCCAUCUUCAUUUCAGGGCUGUCUUAUAUUCGAGGUUUAGAGAUUUAUACAUGCAGACCAACAGCUGCCUUCUACCCAAGCGAGUCAGAGCUUUUCAUCCAGUCACACACACACACACCAGUGACCUUGUGACCUGGGGAGGAGACACUAACAUAUUGUGGUAGACAUUGCGGUUCGAAAAUUUAGUAAAUGAUUGUUGUUGUGUGAUUGACUAUGGCCUAUUAUUAGUCCAAAAAUAUUGAAAGACAAGUCCUAUGUAGUAUUCUGGUCACUAGGCAUCAGUAAUGUUACCCUGAUAAGACAUGACGUUACAUUAUAUCACCUUCAUACUGCAGGAAGUCAGCAAUGGCAUGUCCAACAUGAUAGAGUGAAAAAAACGUUCUCCUCCCAUACCGUGUGGAAGUGGUACGUUUUUGCCUUCUUUGUCCUCCUUCCUACUCUGUCCUCCUUCCCCGUUCCGUUUGAAACACGUUAAGUUUAGAAUAAGUAAAAUGGAAAGGCGCUAACUAGUUCGGUAGCUCGGUAGCUUGCUAUGCUAGCGGCGGCCAUCUCAAAUGUCCCUUAAGUGAUCCUGCAGCCAGUGGCGGUUCUGGCUUGAUUGCCGUCCCGGGCAGAACAAUGCUAUGGCUGCCAAAACCGCUCCCACCAGUACAAAUUCACACUACUAGUUUUUCUUUUCAAAGGCUAUUUUUAAAAACUACAUUAAGUUUCACAUUGCCUCAAAAGAAUGACAUUAUUUCUGAGCAAUUACUUUAAACAUUGUAAUUAACCUGGCAGCAUGAGGGCGCGUGUAUCCCGCCUGUAGAGGGCGCCCAUCACACAUAGGACAUGAGCGCUGACCUUAUACAUGCCAUUUUUUUUUUCUUAGUCCUCGCAGCCCCCCCAAGAGAAUGCCGCCGUGGGCAAUUGCCCAUGUGGCCCAUAGCUAGAACCGCGCAAUGUGGCUUAAACAAAGAAUAACAGGAGUGCAAAGGUGACUAUAGGGGUGUUAUUUCAUGUCUACAGAGCUCUAAUAAUGGUAAGAAACCGUAUUUAGAAAGUCGUAAAUACUGUAGGUUUUCUAUGGUCUAACUUCAACCACAGUUGUGUUAAUUGGGAUCAAAUGGACCCAGUCUGGGACCAACUAGCCGUGAUAAACGAGGGAUUACUCUAUAUCCUUUUUAAAAUCGCAAACCAAUCGUUAUUUGAAUUACUGUAUGUUGAAAACUGAAAAUCCUCUUUGACUUUUUUUUUUUCUCUCUCCAAAAAAUGGGUCUUGGAAAAGAGGGGUCGUCUUAUAUUCGGGUCAACCUGGUAUGUUUGUAUGGCACGUUUUCUUUUUUUUUUCUACCAGUUACUAGCGCUUUGUCCCCAAGUUUGCUUGUUUUUUUUUCAAUAAAGUUUGUGCCAAUAAAGCGCAAUAAAAAUAGCAGCGUUGGCCGCCGUCUAACGCUAUCAGUAAGUGUUUAGUUGAAACCACCACAUGUGCACAUCUCUCCUCUCACUACUCAUGCUUCGGCUUUUCUCAUUAUUUGUGAUCGAAUGGAAAGCGCGUGACAGUUUAUUUGAUUUUUCUUUGCUUACUUAAACAAAUACACAAAAGAUCCCUCGGAUUAGACGAGCACUGCCAGAAAGUAAAGAUGACUAAACACGACCAGAAAUGGAACACAAUGUUUACAUGCCUCACAAGUCCAUUAAUAUUGGCAGUCCUACUCUGCUUUAUCCUGGUUUUUGUACAAAUGGGAAUCCAUGAAAUAAACAUUUGACUCUCA